CUGGUUUCACUUUCAGCAGCACUGGUAUCAUUCAUAUAUUGAAGAUUGGAGGUUAAGGAGAUACAAGUAUGUCUAGGAUUUCGCUUUCUGGUUAAUUGAAGAAAAAUAAGAGAAAAUUACAAGUCUUGUAUGUGCCAGGAACGUGUAUAUUUUUAUCAUUUUGUAAUUUGUUUUUCAAAUGACUUCAAAAUACGAAAUGUUUUUGGACGUGCAAAUUCCAUCUACAGGCGAAUCGGAAGUUGCGGAAACAAAGAAAUGCAAAACCAUGUCGAAUGGUCCUCAGUUACCACUUAAAGACCGAGUAGAAAAUCUUAGUUUGAAUGUAGAUGUAAAUACAUCAAGUAGAUCACCGACAAAAGGAACAAAUAUGGCACAGUUGUUGAUGCAAGCAUUAAAUAGCAAAGAUAAAAACAUCUUAACUACAGUAUUGUUCACAAAAAAUGAAACAAUGAUUCGUCAUACUGUUGCAAAAUUACCAGUACAAGCAAUAACACUCUUACUCAAAGAGUUAUGUAUUAUGUUGCAAGGCAAAACAUAUAUAUGCAAAGUUGCAGUGAAAUGGCUGCAAACUGUAGUCACAGUUCAUGCAGCACAUUUAUUAUCACGACCAGAUGUGAUGGAGACACUCAGUCCUCUUCUCAAUUUUAUUGAUACCAAAUUGAAGCUUCUUAUAGAUGUACAGAGAUUAAAAGGGAGAGUUUCUCUCGUGACAGGACUGAUAUCUCAGACCAAUGAAGAUGAUGACAUGUUUGUAACCCAGGAUGCCUUGCUUGUUUAUCGGGACCCAGAUUCAUCAGACGAUGCUCUUGAUAUGAAUGAUGUCGACUCUAGCAGCGAGUCUGAUGAUAAUUGGGAGGAGAUGUCAGAGCACAAUGAAGAAGAUUAUAAGAACAUCGAUUCUGACGAUGCCGAAUCAAUACACAGUACAUAUGAUGAUGUUAUGAGUACAUAGUUGUCAUAUAUUAACCAUAAUUUUAUAUAAUUUAUUCUAAUAAAAAGACGAGAACCUCGCA